UUUUGCUGUAACACCGGUUGUUGUUUUUUUUCUCACACGGUCUCCAGGGUUGCCAUAGUAAAUGUAAACAGUUCUCAUACUCAAUUUCCUCUGAGCUGAAACGUUACUGAAACUUUUUUUUUUUACUUAAAAUUCACUUUGUAAAAAUGGAACCUCCCCCCGACUCUCUGCUGAAGUAUGAUACUCCGGCGCUGAUCACACCGACCACAGACAACAAAUCACCUAGGGCUAGACCUUUGAAAGUGAGUCCACAGCAGCUGGUUUUAUCUGGGCCCGUCCCGCCUCCACCUAAACCCAAGUCUCCCCCUGCAGAAACUGAAGAGAUACUCAAUGCAAUUCUGCCACCAAGGGAAUGGAAAGAGAACAACACGCGCUGGAUUCAGCAGGUGUCCAGCACUCCUGCCACACGGAUGGAUGUGGUUCACCUGCAGGAGCAGCUGGAGCUGAAACUGCAGCAGAGACAGGCCAGAGAAAAAGGCAUCUGCCCAGUGCGCAGUGAGCUCUACUCACAGUGCUUUGAUGAGUUAAUCAGGCAGAUUAGCAUCAACUGUCCUGAGAGGGGGUUGCUACUUCUACGAGUGCGAGAUGAGAUACGUAUGACCAACACAGUCUAUCAGACCCUGCAUGCUAGCGGUAUGACCUUUGGCAUAAAGAAGGCCCUACAGGCUGAGCAAGAGCCUUCAGGCAAGCAGAGAAUUGCAGACUUAGAGAACAAGAAUAAGGAUCUGGAAAGGCAGGUAAAUGAGCAGAAGGCUAAAUGUGAAGAAAUCGAGAGGCAAGAAGCUGAGCGGCGACAGGUUGAAGAGAAACAGCACACGGCACAGGUCCAGCUUCUCAAGCGCACCAACCAGCAACUAAAGGCCCAUCUGGAAGAAAUCAUCACCCCCCAAAAAGGAAAAUCAUCAGCAAUCAGCGAAUAAUCAUAUUUGAUCCCAGCAUAUUAAUAAAGUUUGACAUGUACA